AUGGACGAAUCAACCUCAAGCAACUUUUAUUUACCAGGCGAAGACCAUUAUGGCGAAGACUCCGAGGGGGAACUGUACAAUCACUCAGAAUUAGACUCGGAUGAUGAAGAUGAAGAAGACGACGAAGACGAUGAAGACGAAAUUGAUUCGAGAGCCCGAUUCCGUAUUGCGACAACUGCGAUGGAAAACAGGCACCGGACGUUCUCUGAACCUCAAGCACUGUAUGACUUUCUCUAUGAGUUUCGGGAUGUCAUCGGCCUGGUUAUGGAUGAUUCCAAUACCUUCCUGCAUGUUGCUCUUCGAUUUAUCAACAACCGCAGCGACGUCAGGUCUAGCAAUAUGAUGCCUCUUAUCCAGAGCAUAGUCAAAGACCACCCUACACUGUUGACAAAGAGAAACUCCGAUGGGCUAACACCCCUCUACAUGGCCAUCUCUACCCGAAAGCCACUGUUAAUUGAAGCCAUGUUGUCUGAGUGCACCGAGUACCCAGAGUGGCAAGCAGCAGUCCAAGACGCAAUUGAGAUCCCCUGUGUUGAACAAAAAGCCAAGUCUUGCUUGCAUAUUGCCUUCCAACUGGCUAUACGUGAGAGAGUGGUUAUCAAGUUGGUCACCAUAGCCAGAGAUGAAGCUCUUGCCAUGCAGGAUGAUUAUGGACGAAUACCUUUACAUUAUGCGAUGGUUAGCCGAAGACCAAGUUUAGCUACGAUACGCCUGUUCAUUCAACGCGAUGAAUAUAUUCUCGACAAAAGACAUCCUGAAAACACAGCGGGUCCCGUCACGUUUUUGGACAUUGUCGACAAAGAAGGCAAUUCAGUGUACAGGCAUCAUCAGACAUCCUCGCUAAUGAUGGAGAACAAACGAGCUCCACCCAGCGAGAAAGAGGUCAAGCUCAAAUCUACUUCUGACAUGAAAAAGGACACCAAUAGGGAAAGACAGAAAGUCCCGGACAGAGAACGAGACGAGAUAAGCUCAAAGCGGCAGACAUCCUCGGUAAUAUGGCGGAAUAAGCGGUCUUCACACAGAGAAAAAGAUGGCCUACUCAAAUAUGCUCGUUACACCCCGAAAGCUGCCACCGAAGAAAUGAUGAACGUCCUCGACACAGCACGUGACGAGAUAAGCCCAAAUGAUCCGGGAUCCUUUGACCUCCCUCUCGAAAAAGAAAGGACUGGGUUGGUCAACGCGAAGCAAGUUAUUGGAAAGAAAGAAGAGACAGAGCCGACACCAAAGAAGCAAGUACCUGCUGAAGACUGGAAAGAAAUACUCAAAGAGCUCAAAUUACAUUAUAUGCGAACCCGGAAUGGGAACAUGGUUGAGUCAUUCCUUUACGGCAGCAGUAUCAAUGGCCAGUUGCUCCAAUUCCAUUUCUUUACUGAUGUGCUGUUGGCUAACAAGGAUUCAGAUAUUCAACUCUACUUCGAUUACCGGGGUCUGCCUUCAAAGAUCACCGACAGGAUCUUUGUUGAGACUUUCUCGAAUAUGAAGUUUGACGAUGUCCUUCAAUUUGUCUCUUUCCCAAAUGUUGAAGUUGAGUUCAAGGGUCGUCAUGAUACUAAGAAGAAUGGAAAGGAUCGAAGGGACAUGCAAUUUUUCUUCAAUUGGUUAGAAACUAAAGGUGUUCGUCAUAUCAUCAGGGUAGAUGUCGAAGACUCGAGUGAGUUUCCGCACAGCGAUCAAGCGAUCUUGGAAUCCCUCAAAGCAAUAACUGUUGAGCGGCUCAACUGGAAAAAGGUCGAUUUGGAUCCUAGAGUUAUUUGUAAUUUAGGAUCUAAUGUGGCAUGGGGAGACGCUGGGAGAGGCUCGGCUGUGACUUGUAAUAGUCAAAUCAGAGAGGUCACUCUAACUUGGAGUGGCAACAAUACGGCUUUGAGAGCCUGGAGCGAGCCGGAAGGUUUACCACUAUUGCCCCGCUUGAGAAAGAUCAUCAUACUUGGCCCCGAGGAUGAAGAGAAGAUGGUUGAGUCUCCAGAGUGGGUAUCAGCUUGCAUAGGAGAGUUUCGCCAACGCAUAGCCAGAAAUGUAUCAACAAAAGACAACAAAUCCAUCGAAAAUGCAGAAGACAAGGGUGACGACGCUUCAAAGACAAAAGAAUCAUCAGAUACCGACGCCUAUAAGCGCAAUAUCGAAAUAGUUUUUGUUAAGCGAGGAGGGAAAGGGAGAAUGUUGGAGGAUUUUGACACUCUAGGACUUGCUCAACCAACUGUCGAAUCACGAGCAGGGCAUAGAUGGCUUGAUUCCGUUUACGCAUUUGCCGAUAUUCUUAAACGGUUUUGGGAUCAAUGCAUUGGUGAUCUUCAGCCCUGGGCUCCCAACACCAUCUCUAGCGAUAUUGUGGUCGCGUUGAUAGAUGAUGGCGUGGAGGUCUAUGGUUCUGGACUAUCAGCGAACAUAAUAGGCGGCAGAAGCUUUGCAGCUGCCCAAACAAACAACAUGGUGAGCCCUUGGUAUGUAUCUGAGCUAGGCCACGGGACAGUCAUGGCAGAAACGAUCGCGAGGGUGUGUCCAAUGGUUAAGCUUUACCCUAUGAGAGUUGAUACAUAUACCUCUGAGAAUGGUGAGCGAACCCUCGAGGCUAAAUCAGUGGCUCUUGCCAUCGGCGCGGCAAUUCAACGAAACGCAAAGAUUAUUCUGAUCCCUCGGCCCAUUAAACCCACCGAGUCUAGCUCCCACAAGCUACUUGAUAGCAUGCUCCAAAAGGCGUGCUCGUCCAAUAUUUUACUAUUCAUUCCAUCUUCUACAGGUGAAAAACCACAGGCUUUGUCGACUUUUCGCUCCUAUCCAACCUUUCGGACUGGAGCCUCUCGAGACGACGGCGGAGCACUCAAUGCAACUGACACUCCUUCAGAGGUGGACUUCAUAUUCCCUGGAAGCGAGGUCAUGAUACAGCAUGACAUCGACAAUCCGCGACGUUCUAACGGGGCAAUACUCGACUUGGACUCGUCUUCAAAUGUCAACGUUGCCUUGGCAGCAGGUCUUGCGGCUGCUCUCAUAUACGCCUGCAAACUUAUCUCACUGAAGGCCAUGGCAAAAGCACGAUCAACUGGCCAGGAAAAUCACCAUCCCUACAACAUGUAUCAUUUGACGAGUCUCGAGCGGCACCGCGGUAUGAUGAUUGCGUUUGAAAACCUCGGCUCGGUUACUGAGAGUCGAUUUCUCAAAGUCUGGGAAGUUCUUGAUCCCAUCAUUGACGAGAUGAGAGAUUCCCCAAUGGAGGAUAACGAGUUGAAGAGUUUGGUCGAGUGGUUUUCUCGUCUAAUGUCUAUAGAGGAAAGUAAUCUUCUUUAA